GCUUGCCGGCCUCGCUCAUCGCAGUGGCGCAGGGUUCUCCGACAGGCACUCCGGGCUCCGAGAGCCUCUGUGUCCCCAAAAGUGGUUUAAGCUACCCACUCACCCGAGCCCCCAUCCCUGCCAAGGCGCCUAGGCCCCUCUGCUGAGCCCCAAUCCUGCCCAGUUGUCGAGCUAAGACUAAACUACAGUUCCCAGAGUGCAUCGCCGAGAAUCAGGUGGCUGGAGUCAGGUGACUUCUGCCCCGCCCUCACCCAAAGUCAGACUGCCGGGGGUAGCGGGUACAGUCCGAAACGGAUCCAGCGUCCGGUGUGGUCGGUUCCCUGAUCCUAGAGGAUCUCAGUUCUUUGAAAUUGAGGAACAUGAUAAGGAGUUGGCUGAUUAUUUUUAUCCUUCUUCCCCUGAAGCUCAUAGAGAAGUGUGAGUCGACAGUCGACCUCACUGUUCCUCCCACUGUGAAGCUGGAAAAUGGAAGCUCAGCCAACAUCAGCAUCACCCUUCAGCAUCCAUUAAAUGCAACCUUGGUGAUCACUUUUCAAAUCACAUUUCGUUCAAAAAAUGUUACUAUCCUUGAGCUCCCCGAUGAAGUUGUGGUGCCUCCUGGAGUGACAAAUACCUCUUUUCAAGUGACAUCUCAAAAUGUUGGACAAGUUACUGUUUAUCUACACGGAAAUCAUUCCAACCAGACUGGCCCGAGGAUCCGCUUCCUGGUCAUCCACAGUGACAUCAUUAGCACCAUAAACCAGGUGAUUGGCUGGAUUUACUUUGUGGCCUGGUCCAUCUCCUUCUACCCGCAGGUGAUCACCAACUGGAGGCGGAAAAGUGUCGUUGGUCUAAGCUUUGACUUCGUGGCCCUGAACCUGACAGGCUUCGUGGCCUACAGCGUGUUCAACAUUGGUCUCCUCUGGGUACCCUCCAUUAAGGAGCAGUUUUUCCUCAAAUAUCCCAAUGGAGUGAACCCUGUGGACAGUAAUGAUGUCUUCUUCAGUCUGCACGCAGUCGCCCUGACCCUGGUUGUAAUGGUGCAGUGUUUUCUCUAUGAGCAAGGCAACCAGCAUGUGUCCUGGCCUACCAUCAGCUUCCUGGUGCUCUCAUGGGUCUUCGUGCUCAUCACCGUGAUUUUGGCUGCAGUUGGGGUAAUCACAUGGCUGCAGUUUCUCUUCUGCUUCUCCUACAUCAAGCUCGCAGUGACGCUGGUCAAGUAUUUUCCGCAGGCCUACAUGAACUUUUACUACAAAAGCACCGAGGGCUGGAGCAUUGGUAACGUGCUUCUGGACUUCACUGGGGGCAGCUUCAGCCUCCUCCAGAUGUUCCUGCAGUCCUACAACAAUGACCAGUGGACACUGAUCUUCGGAGACCCAACCAAGUUUGGACUUGGCAUCUUCUCCAUCUUCUUCGACGUGGUCUUCUUCAUUCAGCACUUCUGCUUAUACAGAAAUAAACCAGGGCUUCAGGCAGCACACACGGGUUCUGACAGCCGUCCCAGGCAGGAUUGGGUGCUGAGCUUGGAGCCGAAGGCCUUGACCUAAGUGACCAGUGUUUCUGGGAGCAGCUUGAAGGACUGAUCCCGCAGUUGUGAGCCAAGGGUGCUUUGCUGCCACUGGUGUAUUCACAGAGACCCAAGCAGCCAGGUGGUGUGGCCAAUGGACUCAGAGGUGCUGGUGCUGGUGACAGAGGGACAGGACUUUUGGGAUUAGGCCUUGGGGGGGGGGGGUGUCCCUUCUCUGAAGGCCACAUGUUCUGAGCAUCCACCUUCCUGACAUCAUUCUACAUAAUUCAACAUGCACAACCACAUCACAGGCGGCCCAGGUUAGGGUCUGGUAAAGAAACUGGAUUUCGGAGCCUUGAGGUGCCCAACAGAUUGGUUCUGAGCUAGGCUUAUGCCCAGACCCUCUGGAUCUUUACCAUACUACCCCCUUUUGGAUUUUUUGGAGGGACGUUUUGAAGUGAGUGGCUAAAUUUCUUCACCUUCUGCCUACCUCUACUUCCCCAGAGUCAGGGACCCUAUGUAAACCCCUUCAAUUGCUCCUUAUCUUGUGUCUUGAGUAUAGGACACGUCUGUGCGUGCACACACAUACCAGUCUGUGCCUUAGAGGCCAGUAAGACCUGCCAAAUGGUGAGAGUAGUUCCCAUGUCGGGGAGGGGCUGGACCCUUCCUUCACUUACCCCAGACACCUACCUGAGACUCACCAAUUUUUUGGCUACUCAGGAGCCUCCCUUAAGAAUUUGACACCACUUCACACACACCUCAUGGGCCCAGCCCUUAUUCCAAACCUCCUUCCCUCUUCUCCCAGGCAUCUGUCCUUCCUGUGGCAGGAGGGGAGGGUCCCAGGAUGUGCCUUGUCACUUCACUCUCAGACUUUCUACUGCAAGAUUAACAUGAGGUGCCUGUAUCCUUAAUUAAAACCUGAUUUGUUUCCUUUCUGCA